GCGUCGUUCCCUUUAAGAAAACAACUGGAUACUAAGCUUCCGGUUUUGAGGCUGGUCCAUCACAGAAAUCCGUCCGUGCGUAAACGCAGAAGGAGAAGAGGAAGCGGCCAUGGCGUCAAUGAUGGAGGAGAACGGUCCUUCCAGUCACGAGCAGCCUGGAAUGUCCUCGUCCUACCAGGCCAGGCACAAGCUGGAGGGGCUCCUGAACAAGAACAUGAAGAUCCGCAUGACAGACGGACGCACCCUGGUGGGACUCUUCCUCUGCACGGACCGGGACUGCAACGUCAUCCUGGGCUCGGCGCAGGAGUUUCUCAAGUCCACAGACACGUUCUCCCAGGGUGAACCCAGAGUCCUGGGCCUAGCCAUGAUCCCCGGGCACCACGUGGUUUCCAUCGAGGUUGAGGCCGACAGUCUGGAGGACACAGACGGAUUUGGGGUGAACCACUGACGGAGCCCUGGCUGCUUGAACAACACUUGUGUUGCAUUCAUGGACUGAUGCUCACAGGGCCAUGAUGUAAGGUUGUGGCUGAGCCCAGAGACCUCAGGACAUGUGCUGUGAAGGAUUUGACAGAAUCCUGGAUUUAACCACAUCCCUACAUGGUUGAAGCCGUGUAAGCUGUACAGCUACAGCAUGGGUGUAUGAUAAGAAAUCGGCAAACAGCAGAUACCUUGAUAUGUGUGGAAAAAGUGUUUCAAUGCUGUGUACAGGUUAUGUCUUUGUUGUGAUGUUUCAUAAAUAAAUAGCUGUAUUUGACA